GUGCACUCGAUGGACAUGUUCGACUACAAAUACCACUAUGUCUUCACUUCAUUUGACACAGAGGCCUUCGACAUGGGCAACGUGCGCUACAACCACGUGAAUGUGACGGCGUUCCGGUUCGUAGACUGGAGCACGUCGGUGUCGCGCCGCGUGAUCGACACCAUCGCGCUCCACCAGCAGUACGUGGUACCACGACGGUCCGGCCACGAGUCCAACAGGGUCAUGUUCGUGGCGCCCGCGAUGCACUACGACGCCGUGGUGGCGCUGGCUAUGGGCAUCCGCGCCCUCGAACGCAGUGCCACUCUCACGCCUUUCAAUGCGUCGUGUCUCCAUCCGCAACCCAGCCCUCAGGGCCCUACUCUCUUCAAUUUCAUCAAUUCGGUGGAAUUCGAGGGCCUGACUGGAUUGGUGAGAUUCCAAGACGGUGAACGAUCUGACGUGAAGCUUGACAUAUUGAAGCUGCGAAAAAAGUCUCUGGUGAAAGUCGGCGACUGGACAAUGAGUCAGGGCAUCAAAAUCACCAACACUUCCGCCUUUUAUGACACUGGUCCAGUCAACGUAACCCUCAAAGUCGUCACAAUCGUGGAGCGGCCGUUCAUCAUGAUGAAACGGGAGAAGCACUUCACGGGCAACAAUCGGUUCUACGGAUACGGCGUAGAUCUGCUAGACGCCAUUGCCGCUAUGAUCGGCUUUGACUACACCCUGGAGCUGGUGCCAGACGGAGUCUAUGGCGCCAAGGAUCCCGUCACUGACGAGUGGAACGGCAUAGUCCGCCAGCUCAUGACUUACGAGCAGCCGUACGUGAUGCUUGUGGACGACGGGAACGCGACCGGGAACCUGCAGUACAAGGGCUUCUGCAUCGACAUGCUGCGCGUGAUCGCCGAGAUGGUCGGCUUCAAGUACGAGAUUUAUCUCGUCGGCGACGGGGUCUACGGCAUCCGUGAUCCCGACACUGGCAAGUGGUCCGGUCUCGUCGGAGAACUCGUCGNUUCGUUGGAGCAGCCGUACGUGAUGCUUGUGGACGACGGGAACGCGACCGGGAACCUGCAGUACAAGGGCUUCUGCAUCGACAUGCUGCGCGUGAUCGCCGAGAUGGUCGGCUUCAAGUACGAGAUUUAUCUCGUCGGCGACGGGGUCUACGGCAUCCGUGAUCCCGACACUGGCAAGUGGUCCGGUCUCGUCGGAGAACUCAAAGCCGACCUCGCUGUUGGAUCCAUGACAAUCAAUUACGCCAGAGAAAGUGUGAUUGACUUCACGAAACCUUUCAUGAACCUCGGAAUCGCAGUGCUUUUCAAGAUACCAGAACGACAGCCGACGCGGUUGUUUUCGUUCAUGAACCCCCUGGCGGUGGAGAUAUGGAUCUAUGUGCUAGUGGCGUAUGUGCUGGUGGCGCUCACGCUGUUCGUCGUGGCGCGGUUCUCGCCGUACGAGUGGUACAACCCGCAUCCCUGCAUUUUCGAGGACGGGUUGCUCAAGAACCAGUUCUCCUUGUCCAGUUGCUUCUGGUACGCCGUCGGGACACUCAUGCAGCAGUCUGACAUCAAUCCAAAGGCGGCGUCGACGAGAAUAGUGGGCGCAAUCUGGUGGUUCUUCACAUUGAUCAUCAUAUCGUCGUACACAGCAAAUCUUGCUGCAUUCCUGACGGUCGAGAGGAUGAUCACACCCAUUGAAAGUGCCGAAGAUCUCGCCGAACAGUCUUCAAUCGAAUAUGGCACUUUGCAUGCUGGGUCCACCAUGACUUUCUUCAGGCCGUGA